UCUCUCAUAUCUCUCUCUCUGCUCCGUCCGUUAGAGUGGGAAACCACUGUUCUCAGUGAUCUGUCAUUUGUCCUCUAAGUUUAGAUACAUCCGCCCCAUUGAGUCUCAGACUGGUCCUGAAAGAGGACUGCGCUGGGGGGGAAAUAUUGUGGCUGAGUGAGCGGUUUAAUCUAACGGACUCUCUAAGUGCGCUAUCUCUUACCCGCCAUCUCCACUGAGCAGUUUCCUGCCUAGCAGUGCAGUGUAGGGGAAUGCGCGAGGGAUGCGUGACGCCGGAACAGUGGAGGAUAUUCUCGGCAGCGCUGCUAAUUGCUGUGAUUCAUGUUCCCUUUGAGUGCCUGUAACGAGUAGGCUAUAGCGAGAGAUUAAGAGAGAGAGAGAUAAAUGUAUAUCCGCUCACAGGAGUCAAAUGUCUUGGCUGUGGAUCUAAGAAAUGAUACAGAUUAAACGGACAUUUUACAAAAGACAAAGGAGCCUUUGCGUUUCAAAGUUUUUUCAUAGUGUUAUUUUUAUUUGUCUGAUGCGGAAACUGUUCCAUUGCUUCCAACAAUGCAAUAAUGGAAUUGCACGUGGCAGAAUGAUGACCAGCGGCGCGCGGGACAUAGGCUGCUGUCAAAAUACUCACCUAUUUGUGUUAUUGUGCUGCUCUAAGAGCUCCAGACAGUGAUCAGUCAUUUGUUUUAAAGUGGGAGAAAAUCUCCUCUGAUCCCGUCUCUUCACUAAAGAGAUGUUGCACUUGCACAGCGAUUCCAGAAAGAUUGACGUGCGCGCGGGGGGACCAUUCAAUCGCUGCCUCCACUCCAGACUCAGCUUGUUUUAACUCCUGGGUCAUCAACUUUUAGCAUCCCGUUUCUACCGGACUCAUCACAUUAAGAUUUACACGCGCAUCUUAAAGGGGUUCCUGUGGUCAGUGCUGAACUUGUUGAACGCUGGACUGUGCACGGUGAAUUGAGGCAAACCUACAAAUACCGUGGGUGCCGUUGCCGGGCGGAAGAGAGACAUGAUUGACAGCAAACAAAGCUGAUCGUCCUGUCACUCAUCUCUCCAUCAGCGUGUCAAAAAGGCUGCCUCCUCCAGGGCUCUCGCUCUAGCUCUCGCCUCUCUCCUCCUUCACACCGACUCCUCCUCCCUCCAUCCACUCCUUCUCUUUUUAUCUCCUUGACGUGCCAGUCACCCCCUAACUUCGGCGUGUCGUGACCCCUCCGUUCCCGCCCUCCCGGAGAGAGAACUGUCGGAGAGACCUGAAACGGAGUACAGAGAGGACUCCAGACCAAAACAAGUGGUGUCCCCCCUCGCCCCUCCAUCUCACACCCCUCGCCCCCUCCACCAAGCUGUUAACAGGAGGCUGGCAUGCUGCCACAGUUCCUUAGCUCCUCUCUCCGUAAAGCUUGGAUUAUUUCAUAAACUCAAAGGCCCAGGCCUUUCCCUCGGUUUCGCUGUCUCUCUGUUUCGGGAGAGAAGAAGAGGGAUUCCCCAUUGAGAAAACAAUAGCCCUUUUCUAGAGGAGAGCCAGAGUGUCUGAGAGGAAGCGGCGAUGCGUUUCCCUCUGGUGUUGACACUGCAGGCACUGUGGGCCAGUGUGUGCCAGACCAUGCAGCACUACCCAGCCUGGGGACACUACGACGUGUGUAAGUCUCAGGUGUACACGGACGAGGGCCUCACCUGGGAUUACAUGGCCUGCCAACCUGAGGCCAUGGACAUGACCAAGUACCUGAAGGUUACGGUGGACCCUCCCAACAUCACCUGUGGAGACCCACCUGAGACAUACUGCGCCCUGGAGAACCCGUACAUGUGUAACAAUGAAUGUGAUGCCGAAAACGAGGACCUGGCCCACCCACCGGAGCUCAUGUUCGAUUUCGAGGGCCGCAAUCCCACAACCUUCUGGCAGUCCAGUUCCUGGAAGAAGUACCCCAAGGCCCUCCUGGUCAACAUCACACUGUCCUGGAGCAAAACCAUCGAGCUGACCGACGACAUCGUGGUCACCUUCGAGUCAGGCCGCCCGGAACAGAUGGUUCUGGAGAAGUCUCUGGACUACGGUAAGACCUGGCAACCCUACCAGUUCUACGCCACAGACUGUCUGGACGCUUUCACCAUGGAUGCCAAGACUGUCCAGGACCUGACCCAGCACACUCUCCUAGACAUCAUCUGCACCGAGGAAUACUCCAGGGGCUACGUGUGGAAGUAUGACAAGACGGUGCGCUUCGAGAUCAAGGACCGCUUUGCACUGUUCGCCGGACCACGGCUCCACAACAUGGCGUCCCUCUACGGUCAGUUAGACACCACCAAGAACCUGAGAGACUUCUUCACCAUUACAGACCUGAGGGUCCGGCUCCUCCGACCAGCCACAGGGGCCACCAUGGUAGACGAGAACAACCUGUCCAGAUACUUCUACGCCAUCUCUGACAUCAAGGUCCAGGGAAGGUGCAAGUGUAACCUUCACGCCAAUAGUUGUGUGUUUGACAAAGAGACGCUAAAUUGUGAGUGUGAGCACAACACCACGGGGCCGGACUGUGGCCGCUGUAAGAGGAACUACCAGGGAAGGACGUGGAGCGCAGGCUCCUAUCUACCCAUCCCCAAGGGCACGGCAAAUACCUGUAUCCCCAAUAGCAUUGGUCCAGUUAACUGCGAAUGCUUCGGACACUCCAACCGCUGCAGCUACAUCGAGCUGCUAAACUCUGUCAUUUGCGUGAGCUGUAAACACAACACUAGGGGCCAGCACUGCCAGGAUUGCAAGCAGGGCUACUUCCGAAAUGCUUCUGCGGAGCUGGAAGAUGAGAAUGUGUGCAUAGACUGUAGUUGUAAUCCCUAUGGCUCAGACAGUGUUCGCUGUAAUGGCACAGGAUUUUGUAAAUGUAAGGAGGGAACUACAGGGGCUAAGUGUCGAGAUUGUCUGCCGGGAUAUUUGUGGGACAAUGGCUGCAAAUGCGUCAUCAGCCAGGGCAACGUCUCACUGGUCGGUUCAACUCCUAACCUGGAACGUCCUCAAGAUGCCCGAGUGUGUGACAACGAGCUCCUGCGCUGCCAGAACGGCGGUGUGUGUCUGAACAACGUGCGGUGCCAGUGUACCGCAGCAUUCACGGGCCUGCUGUGUGAGAAGCCCCGCUGUGAGUCGGAGCUGGGUGGCUGUGGUGGGCCCGACUCGGGCCAAGCCGCCCUCUCGUCUACACCACUCUCCACCUUGCUGCUGCUCCUGCUGGGCUCGACGCUGCUCAGAGAGGCCUCCUACAGGCCCGCCCUGCUCUGAGAACCAGAGGCCUACACGGUCUACACUGAACUGUUGGAGCAAACUACCCAAUUACCAACUUCUCUACAACAACAACAACCAGAACUACAACGACCAUGAGCUUAGUCUACUAUACUGUACUGUACUAGCUGUCCACCAGACACAGCAAGGACACACGCUGUCUAUAAGGGAAUGUGCCAGAAUGAAAGCAAAACUUUAAUUUGAGUAAAAAAAUGUAAGUAUAUAUAGAAAUGAGAGUUUAAAAAAAUGAAAUCAAUAAAGAAAAAUAAAUACCAGAUAUUUAAAAAGAGUUUAACUUGAGCAUUUGCUUCAUAAAACGUCAAACAAGUCAAACAACAGACACCAGUGACCUAAGCCAUACCAGAGACUUUUCCCCCUAACUGUCAAAAGGAGGGACUGGAGAUGACAGACACUUUGUUCACUUCCUCUCUUAUCGCCACGGCAACGGCAGCUGCGACCAAUAAGCGACAGCAAGCUCUAGCUAGCAAGGCCAGCAGCUGCUAGCUGCCCCUGUCUUAGGGUGCUUUGGGGUUUGGUGCUGGCUGGACUGAACUGCUUCUGGGCUGAACUGACUGACUGACUGACGAAGAACUCCAUAGAACUGUCCCUACCGCUGCUGAAGGGUGGACAGACAGGCUGUUUGAAAAAUAAAACCUGAAUAGAGAAAUUGAGGCAGAGGGAAAAUAAAAAAGGAAAUGUAAGCAGUCUUUGCUGUCUGUGCAUUGUGGAUAUAAGGAAAUCCAUCCGGAUUUUGAUCCGGAGAUCAAAAAUCUUGCCCACCUCUCUCUCUCAGUCUGUCUGUCUCUCUCUCUCUCUCUCUCUCUCUCUUGCUUUCUCUCUCUCUCUUAUUCUCAUCUCUCUGUCGCCCUCUCUCUUUCACUCUGUCUCGCUAUCUUUCUGUUGGGCUCCCGAGUGGCGCAGCGGUCUAAAGCACUGCAUCUUAGCGCUAGAGGCAUCACUACAGACACCAGGCUGUAUCACAACAGGCCGUUAUUGGGAGUCCCAAAGGGCGGUGCACAAUUGGCCCAGCGUCAUCUGGGUUUGGCCGGUGUAGGCCGUCAUUGUAAAUAAGAAUCUGUUCUUAACUGACUUGCCUAGUUAAAUAAAUACAAUUGUCUCUCGCUCUCUCUUUUUCCUUUUCUAUUCUUUCUCUAUCUCUCUAUCUCCCUCUCUCUCUCUCUCUCUCUCUCUCUCUCUCUCUCUCUCUCUCUCUCUCUCUCUCUCUCUCUCUCUCUCUCUCUCUCUCUCUCUCUCUCUCUCUCUCUCUGUCUGUCUGUCUCCCACUCCAUCCUUCUCUAUAUCUCUCUCCCUAUAUUCCUCACCUGUCCCCUCCCAUCAGUCCCACCCAGCCCCUCUGUCCACUGACCUGUGCUUUUGUGAACGUUACUCUGUAACCCUUGUCGGUUGAAAGAUUUUUUUGUCCGGUGUUAGUGACGCACAUGUGUAAUAGCCCCAUAUCCUCCCUCUCCAAAAGAUAGCCAGACUACCUGUGUACUUAUUUGACCUGUAGACAUCUGCAUUACCUGAGACCUUGGUCAAAGAGCUUAGUGUUCACUUGAGCUGACAAAGUGCUUAGAGAAUCAUCAGUGUAUUUACAAUUUAUUUUCUUGACAGAGCAAAAAAUACAUGUAAUAAUUAUUUUGUACUAUUUGCCGAACAGUGUUAAAAUGCAACUUGUUACUGUAUCUACUCCAGAUGAAAAUUAAAAAGCAGAAGAAAUGUGUUGGACUUGUUCAGCUUUUGUUUUUGUUAUUUAUUUUCUUUCACUGGUUUAUUUUUCUCUUUUGGUUGCACAGUUUGAGUUUCCUCAGUAUUGGCAACGUGCUGGCAUCAAAGAAUAUCGGUUAACAUCUAAAGUAUACUAUAGUGUAAUAAGAUCCCACAAAAGGACAUUCUAAAUGUUUUCUUGUCGCUUUAACACUGGACAA